UAAAAACACUUGUUAAAUUGUAAUUUAAAUAAAUCGAGUACUUAUCGAAUUUAUCUCUAAUUCCGGGAUUCGAACCUUAACCCCAACACGGUAGAAUGUUAGCGCACUCUACGAUGAGCAUCACACAUGACAGUCCGUCAAAAUAACUAAUAAUUCUUUAACAAACCAUACGAAAUUUACCAGAAUUUUAUAUAAAGUGGUCGUCAGGAUUUAUCCUAGCAUUAAAAAUGACCGCGGAAUUAAAAACGUUUCUUUACGGGCUUUUGAGCAGCGUCGAAGGGCUGCACAGUAUAUUGAUAACAGAUAGGGACGGAGUACCUGUGGUGUCUGUGGCUGACGAGAAGGCACCAGAGUUAGCGAUGAGAGCCAGUUUCCUCUCAACAUUCGGUAUGGCCACGGAUCAAGGGAGUAAACUGGGAUUAGGAAAGAAUAAAACGAUCAUUUGCAUGUACAGUAGUUACCAGGUCGUGCAAAUGAACAAACUACCUCUGGUGAUCAGUUUCAUCGCCAGUCACAAUUGUAACACAGGACACAUCUUGUCUUUGGAGAGUAAAAUCGACCCGAUCCUGAGUAAUUUAAAGAACGCAGUGGUGGAAGCCUGAUGGUUACCCGUCGUGCACUAUGGGUGAUAAAUACCAAACGUUUGAACGCAACAAUUGUGACGAAAAAGAGAGAGAGAGAGAGGAGGCGUCACAAACGGAGAGGCUCUAUUAUUAAUUUACACUGAGAUGAUUCUUUUUAUACUCGCGUCUCCUUCGACUAGCAUUUUUAUAUAACGUUUCAAGAGAGGGAAGAAGUCCGAACUGUUUUAUACAGGAGGAGGGAAGCUAGGCGUUAUCAAUUUUUAUAACAAGCAUUUCGACGUUUGCGAGAUAUUCGAAUAUGUAAAUAGUAUACAUCCGUGUAUAAAAACAUAUAUAUAUAUAUGUAUCUUAAAUAUACUAGAAAUAUAUGACUUUAUUUACUUUCAA